AUGAGGGGCCAUCAUCCCGGCGGCUCGGAGGUGAAAAAUACAGUUUAAAGUCUGUCCUGGUGAAUUUAAAAUUAACAAGCAGGCUUUUCUGACAGCUACCUGAGAGACCGUUUAGCGUUCAGCGUCCUUUCCACCUCCUUGUUGGGUUUCUCUGGAUGUGCUCCUCUACCACUCCGUACGUUUUGGGCUUUCCAUAUGAUUUUUCCCAGGGCUUCUCAAGACCAAUGCCUUAGUCCUGACUAGACAUUACUCACAAAUACAUAUAGAGUUCAGUCAUACAGCCCAACACCUCUUAACCCCUCCUCCCCCCCUCCCUCUUUCUCUUUACAUCAGAUUAAGAGGGGCGUCAAAACACACGUAGUUCCAAGGAAACACAAAUAUACACGCCGCCAUGUCUUCCAUCCUUCCCUUUACUCCCCCAGUAGUGAAACGUCUCCUGGGAUGGAAGAAGACACCAGCAGGGAGUGGAGGAGCAGGAGGAGGAAUAGGAGGAGUAGGGGAGCAGAAUGGAGGAGGGCAGGAGGAGAAAUGGUGCGAAAAGGCUGUGAAGAGCCUGGUGAAGAAGUUGAAGAAGACAGGGCAGCUGGAUGAGCUUGAGAAAGCAAUCAGUACGCAGAACAGCAAGACAAAGUGUGUCACCAUACCCAGCAAUUGCUCAGAUCUAUGGGGUCUAGGCUCAGGCCACACGAUAGAGCAGUGGGACUCUGCAGGCAUGUACGGAUACCCUGACCACAGCAGGUCACUGGACGGGCGUCUUCAGGUGUCCCACCGUAAAGGCCUGCCCCACGUCAUCUACUGUCGCCUGUGGAGAUGGCCCGACCUUCACAGCCACCAUGAGUUGAGGGCCAUUGAAACCUGCCAGUACGCCUUCAACCUUAAGAAGGACGAAGUGUGUGUCAAUCCUUACCAUUACCAGAGGGUGGAGACGCCAGUUCUGCCUCCGGUGUUGGUGCCACGCCACACAGAGAUUUUGACGGAGCUUCCACCUCUAGAUGACUUUACAAACUCCAUUCCUGAGAACACAAAUUUCCCUGCUGGCAUAGAUCCUCCUAAUAACUAUAUACCAGAGACUCCUCCACCUGGCUACAUCAGUGAAGAUGGAGAGACCAGUGACCAACAGAUGAACCAAAGUAUGGAAUCAGGCUCACCAGCAGAACUUUCACCGAAUAGCUUGUCACCAGUCAGUCACGGGUUGGACCUUCAACCGGUAACCUACAGUGAACCAGCUUUCUGGUGCUCUAUAGCUUACUAUGAGCUAAACCAGCGAGUUGGAGAGACGUUCCAUGCCUCACAGCCAUCUCUGACCGUCGAUGGAUUCACUGACCCCUCCAACUCUGAACGCUUCUGUUUAGGGCUUCUCAGCAAUGUUAACAGGAAUGCAACUGUUGAAAUGACAAGGAGACAUAUAGGUCGUGGUGUGAGGUUGUAUUACAUCGGAGGGGAGGUGUUCGCCGAGUGCCUCAGUGACAGUGCCAUUUUUGUCCAGAGUCCCAACUGCAACCAGCGUUAUGGCUGGCACCCUGCCACAGUCUGCAAAAUACCACCAGGUUGUAAUCUGAAGAUUUUUAACAACCAGGAGUUUGCUGCACUGUUGGCCCAGUCAGUCAAUCAGGGGUUUGAGGCAGUCUACCAGCUUACCAGGAUGUGCACCAUCAGAAUGAGCUUCGUCAAGGGCUGGGGAGCGGAGUACAGACGUCAGACAGUAACCAGCACCCCUUGUUGGAUUGAGCUGCAUCUCAACGGCCCCCUCCAGUGGUUGGAUAAGGUGCUGACCCAGAUGGGUUCACCCUCAGUACGCUGCUCCAGUAUGUCCUAAACGGGGCUCUGCUGCUACCGACGCUAAGUCGAACUGACAUUUCACAAUGUUUGACCAGUGUGUCCUAAAGGAUAAUACCAUGCAGUCUUAAACUGAUGUACUAACAUCAUUAUAAAAAACAAACAAAAAACAACAACAAAAAACAAAAGGAUUACACAAUGGACCUGAAAGAAGAGAGAAUGUCACUGAUGGACAAUAGAGGAACGUUAACAGUGAUGUCACCCUUUUGGUUCUGUUGGAUCAACGUCAGGCUGACAUUCCAAUAAUCAUGGACCUAAUGAUUGAAAUCACCCUGCAAUAUCAAUAUCAACGACAAGAGAGUGAUGUCAUAAUGGACCAGACUACAUUGAUGUUUUUGGUAUUUUGACUGUGGCUCUGAUCCAGGAACACAAAGCAGGACAGAGAUCAGCGACACAACAGCAGCUGUUCCGGGGAUCGAGCAUGUGACCUUCUAGUUACAGGACCGUUUCUCCAACCACUAAUCCACACCUCGCCUCCUCACUACCUACUUACCACAGCACAAGCUUGAUUCAGUGUCAAGAUGUUUUUUUGUUUUGUUUACACAAGGUUGACCAACAGCAGAACUACAGGCUCAUGUUCAACCAAAGUCAACUUCAUGCCUGAAUAUGAGUUUCUUAAUGUUUCCUGGUUUCAGUGACCAAACUUCUGUAAUUCUGUUUUUUUUUAAAUCUGAGGUUUCACUUUUCAUGCUUUCCUCCUGAUCAGUCCUGCGCUGUCAUGAUCUGAUAACGCUGGAUUGCACAGUUUUCAUCUCCUAGAGGGGUGACAUGUUAACUUCUUUAAUUAAUGAUACAUACCCCGUGUUCACAUGUACACACAUGUACUGCAACACAGACACAAUGAUGCACUUCAUUCACCACUUAACUUGCUAUUUUAGCAUCCUUGUUUUUGACAUAACAGAAAAGAAUUUCCUGAGUGUGAUUUAAAUGUUUCAACCAUGAGUCUGCAGCGGGGCAGAUGUUCUAUUGUGGAUCACAGCUGAAAUUAAGAAGUGUGUCUUCUACUCUUCUGUGAGAAGGUUUUAUUUUGAAAGUGUGGUCAAUGGCUAACCAGCACAGAAGAUAACUGGAAUGAGUAAGCUAAGGAAUCCUCAGAGCAAGAGCAUACAACAUGUCACUGUACCACUUUCCCUCCUGCACACUCUUUGUCUCUCGCUCUCACGUUCUCCGCAUUAACUUUACAUCAUCUCAUGAAUGAAGGGGACACGUGUAGGACUUGGAGAUCUGCAGGGCUCUAUAUAAAAGCAAGAGUCUAAGCUGGAAUGUCGCCCCCUGCUGUGUAACAGAAAAAUAUAAACACCCACCACUCAUGUGUCACUGAUAUAGACAUUCCACAAAUCUCUCUUGAUGAUAUGCUUGGACUGACGCACGGUUUCCUCCCCCAUUAUUGAUAUUGUAUUGAUAGGAAAAGUCCUGCAGUGUCUGACUUUUAAAAAUGGCCUCUAUACUGUACUUGCACUGUCCCCAAAUUAUGCACCCUUGUUAAUGCUACAAGAAAGUUGCCUUUUGAUGUAAAGUACAGCAAGAUAUGCUUUCAAAUGUACAGAUAGGAAUGUUUAAAAAAAGCCCAAUGGAAGUGAAGUAAAAAAAGAAAUCUUUAGUAUAUUCACUAUAAAGAUUUUUGUCGUUACAUUGUCCGAAUUGGCUUAUUAAAGAUCAUCUAGAGUAUUUGUUUGAUUUUAAUUGGACUUUUUGCCCUGAUAAAAAAGCCAGCUGGUACCUAAAUCCCUAUUUUAGACUCCAAGUCUUUUCAACUCCAAGUAUUAAAGCUUUAAGUAUUAAACAA